CGGACGGAAUUCCAGUGUAUCUUGAUGCAAGGUACAUCCCUACAAUUACCUUGGUGAAUCUCUUCUAAGGAGUUUGUGCAGAUCCUUAUAAGAAAGCAAAAGCUGAAACCCCCUAAAUAUAAUACAAGAGCCAAACACACUGCUAAAUAGAGUUGGACUCUUUCGACCGCAGCAAUGGCGAUACAAUUAGAAAGCUCUAAAGCAAGUAAAAUUACAGCAGCUAGCAGUAGUGAGGACACUACCCAAUCACAAUCACUGGAUAUCGACAACCAACGCCCAGCGCCUGACUUUACCACAUACAUAAAAGACAAAUGGAAAAGACAUAGUGCAUCGGAGCAAGCGAGUCAAAUAAUAGCAGGUGGUUUAGCUGCCGCCAUUACGCGUACACUCUGCCAGCCACUAGAUGUCCUAAAAAUUCGUUUCCAACUGCAAGUUGAACCUCUAAAGGAGCACGUCAAUCAGCAAUCAAAAUACACAAGUGUCGCGCAAGCUCUCCGUACUAUUUACCGUGAAGAAGGUGUACUCGCUUUCUGGAAAGGUCACAAUCCAGCUCAGGUGCUUAGCGUAAUUUACGGCAUUUCACAGUUUUGGACUUAUGAGCAACUCAGUUUGGCCGCUAAACAAACAGUCUACCUCAAAGAUCAUGCUAACUUAGCGAGUUUUCUUUGUGGUUCCGCAUCCGGUGCAGCAGCAGUAAUACUCUCAACACCUAUGGAUGUAAUACGCACGCGUCUCAUAGCACAGGAUCAGUAUAAGGGCUAUAGGAAUGCAACGCGUGCAGUAACAGCGAUUGUUCGCAAUGAGGGUGUACGUGGCAUGUACCGCGGACUUAAUACGGCGCUCCUGCAAAUCACACCAUUAAUGGGUGCAAAUUUCAUGCUCUAUCGACUUUUUUGCAAAUCAGCUAUGCAAUUCUACGAAGUAGAACAACGAAGCGCAUUGCCUACAUGGGUGCUGCUGUGUUUGGGUGGCUCUUCGGGUAUGUUAUCCAAGUCUCUGGUAUAUCCCUUUGACUUGUUGAAGAAGAGGCUGCACAUACAGGGGUUUGAAUCCAAUCGUCAGACAUUUGGCGAGAACAUACGUGCACAUGGAGUUUAUAGUUGUCUGAGACAAACUGUACAACAAGAGGGUCCAGCGGGUUUAUACAAAGGCAUGGCGCCAACACUUUUAAAAUCUAGUAUCACAACGGCUCUAUACUUUGCUAUUUACGAUAAACUAAAGGAAAUACGUUGGUUUGCCUAACUAGCAAUUUAUAAAGGAUUAAACUUAAGACUUGAAUAUAUAUUACUUUUUAUGUUUGUAAGUAUGUACGAGUCCUUUAAUACGCUAAAGAUAUUCCGAUAAUGCACUUGACGAUUUUACGUAUAUAAGGAAGAAUACGCGCAUUCAUUCUGUAGCUAAAACAUUACUUUUCCAACAUAUUAACAUUUUCACUUUCAUGUAUGUUUUCUACGAAUUUUAAAAUAUUUAUGUAUGUAAGUAC